AGCACGCACGUCACUCGGCGAGGAAGAGCUGCGCAGACAUGGCGAGAGACUGACCGCGCAGGAGCUUUUAGUGCUGUGUGCCGUUAUGAGUGUUUAUUAGGCGCCAUAUUCGCGUAAACGCGCUUUACUCUGUAAGGAGCACUAUGGGGAAAAAGGAAAGGGGAGACCGGGAGAAAAAGUCCAAGAAACGCUAUCAUGAUGAGGAGGAUGAUGACGAUGAAGCCAUGGGGAGCGAGUCUCAGGAGGCCAUUCCUACGGCCGCGGGGAAGCAAGUUGACGAGUCCAGUACUAAAGUUGACGAGUAUGGGGCUAAGGACUACCGUUUACAAAUGUUACUGAAGAACGACCACUCUUCUCGACCUCUGUGGGUGGCUCCUGAUGGUCAUAUCUUCCUGGAGGCUUUCUCACCAGUGUAUAAGUAUGCUCAGGACUUUCUGGUGGCCGUCGCUGAGCCAGUGUGCAGACCCACCCAUGUUCAUGAAUACAAGCUGACCGCUUACUCGCUGUACGCUGCUGUGAGUGUUGGCCUGCAGACUUCGGACAUUGUGGAGUAUCUACAGAAACUCAGCAAAACCUCUGUGCCUGAUGGGAUCGUUCAGUUUAUAAAGUUAUGCACUGUGAGCUACGGAAAAGUCAAGCUGGUCCUGAAGCACAACAGGUAUUUUGUGGAAAGUGCCUUUCCUGAUGUGAUCCAGAGGCUGCUGCAGGAUCCUGUGAUCCGAGACUGCCGUCUGCGCACUGCUGAGGGAGAGGAGACUGAGCUCAUCACUGAGGUCAUCUCCAGCAAAUCUGCAAUUUCAAAGUCUCAGCAGGACAGCGGUGGUCCGUCCACGUCCCAGCCUGCGGAUAGCCAGAAAUCUGGUGCCCAGGUCCCUGAGGACAUCUUCAGCUACUACGAGCAGAUGGACAAAGAGGAGGAGGAAGAAGAAGAGACUCAGACAGUGUCUUUUGAGAUUCGGCAGGAGAUGAUUGAGGAGCUGCAGAAGCGCUGUAUCCAGCUGGACUAUCCUCUAUUGGCUGAAUACGACUUCCGAAAUGACACAGUCAACCCCGACAUCAACAUUGACCUGAAGCCCACAGCCGUGCUCAGGCCGUACCAGGAGAAGAGUCUUCGCAAGAUGUUCGGCAAUGGUCGAGCUCGCUCUGGAGUGAUCGUUCUGCCCUGCGGUGCUGGGAAGUCUCUGGUGGGAGUCACAGCGGCCUGCACUGUGCGCAAGCGCUGCCUGGUGCUGGGAAACUCUUCUGUGUCCGUGGAGCAGUGGAAGGCCCAGUUUAAGAUGUGGUCCACAAUCGACGACUCUCAGAUUUGCCGCUUCACAUCGGACGCUAAAGACAAGCCCAUCGGCUGCUCGGUGGCCAUCAGCACCUACUCUAUGCUGGGUCACACCACCAAGCGCUCUUGGGAAGCCGAGAGGGUCAUGGAGUGGAUGCGUAGCCAAGAGUGGGGGCUCAUCAUUCUCGAUGAGGUCCACACCAUUCCAGCGAGGAUGUUCCGUCGUGUCCUGACGAUAGUCCAGGCCCACUGUAAGCUGGGUUUGACCGCUACACUGGUGCGAGAGGAUGACAAGAUUGUAGAUCUCAACUUCCUGAUAGGGCCCAAACUGUAUGAAGCCAACUGGAUGGAGCUACAGAACAAUGGCUACAUUGCUAAAGUCCAGUGUGCUGAGGUGUGGUGUCCUAUGGCCCCAGAGUUUUAUCGUGAAUAUGUGGCUAUAAAAACGAAGAAGCGGAUCCUGCUGUACACCAUGAACCCCAAUAAGUUCCGCGCCUGCCAGUUUCUCAUCCGCUUCCACGAGAGGCGCAAUGACAAGAUCAUCGUCUUUGCUGACAACGUCUUCGCACUCAAAGAAUAUGCCAUCCGGCUCAACAAACCAUAUAUUUAUGGACCAACAUCACAAGGGGAGCGGAUGCAGAUCCUCCAGAAUUUCAAGCACAACCCUAAGAUCAACACCAUUUUUAUCUCCAAGGUGGGAGACACGUCAUUUGACUUGCCUGAGGCGAACGUCUUGAUUCAGAUCUCGUCUCAUGGAGGCUCUCGCCGCCAGGAGGCCCAGAGAUUGGGCAGAGUGCUACGUGCCAAGAAAGGGAUGGUUGCUGAGGAGUACAAUGCCUACUUUUACUCACUGGUCUCUCAGGACACACAGGAGAUGGCCUAUUCUACCAAGAGGCAGCGUUUUCUGGUUGACCAGGGGUACAGUUUCAAGGUUAUCACUAAGAUGGCAGGAAUGGAGGAGGAAGAUCUGAUGUUCUCCACACGUGAGGAGCAGCAGCAGCUCCUGCAGAAGGUUCUGGCAGCGUCUGACCUGGACGCAGAGGAAGAGGUGGUGACUGGAGAGAUGGGAGGAAAAACACAGUUCUCACGCAGGCCAGGCACCAUGAGCUCCAUGUCAGGCGCUGAUGACGCCAUCUACAUGGAGUACCAGGCUUCUCGUGGUAGCAAGACAGCGGCUAUCAAGAGCGUCCACCCUCUCUUCAAGCGCUUCCGCAAGUGACCUCUUUAUGGCUCUGGAUAGGAAAUAGUACUGCCCCAAAAAAUGGGUUCUCUCACUAAGGAGGCUGUGGGCAAGAUUUUGCCCAAAACAUGGUGGGAAGAGUGAGGAGAGUGGAUGUAGUUGUUGGGUCUCUGAUGGAGAUUAGCAACAACCAAAGGACUAAUGGGUGGGGGGGAGAAAAAACGGACCAAGACAAAAAAUAAAAAAAAUAAAAAAUCUUGCCACUUUGAAGAAUCUUCAAGGGAAAUUUAAUUUAAUUUUCUGCAUAAUUAAAUAUUUAUUAUGUAAACAGUCAUUCAGCAUUUGUUGUGAAAUGUGCUGUUAUAGAGAAGUCAGAGUCACAGCAAUCACAGCAAGCUGUUACAUGACAUGGAUUAAAUGUGCUGUCUGAUGCCUGAGACAUUGUUUUGCCAUAGUUUUGAGAGAAGGUUUUGGUCUAAAGAGAGAUACCUGCAGGGCUUCGUAAGACUAAAUAGUCCACAUAGAACAGUCCAGAUUUACCAACAUUUACAAUUUUAUUUUGUUACAUAUAACUCUUUGGACAUUUUACAACUAACUAGCUAUAUUUGAGUUAUACAUUUUAGGGACCCCUGGUUCCUUUCACCACCACUGAAAAGAAAUUUGUCAGCAAGCUUCUCUGCAUUAAUCCAUUUUUUUCAUCGAACAACAGUGAGUACUUCUCAACAACUCAAUUAUACAGAAAUUUAGCAAAACAGUAGCUUUGGGAAACUGUUUUAAGCACUUCUUUAAAGCCCUUUACAAAUAGAAUCUGGUAUGUCAGAAAAGUUGGAUGUAAAAUGUGUUGCAUACUGCUGAAGAGGUGUUUUGAAGAGUUGAGAUGUCCUUACUGACUGUUGAAUUUAAUGUCUUAUUUCAUGGAAAUAAAAAUGUUUUUGUAAUGCUGAAAACUGCCGUGUAGUGUGUUUUGGUGAAUACGAACGCUGUAAUCGCAUUAUAAAUGGAUGCUAAAGGAACAAAGAGUAAUGCUCGUACUUGUUUCAGCCAGCAGGGAAGAGGGGCAGGUCCUUUUUUCCUCUCCAGCUUUGGGUUAGUCUAAUGAAUGCUAAAGACUAAAUGCCAAAAUUUCACCUCAGCUGCACUGUUGCACCCUGCACAGUUCUGUGGUUGCCAAAUUGGUUAAAAUACUUCAUGCUUAGCUUUCUGCUUAAAUGCCUUCAGACCCUGUCGUGUAAAGAAGAAUGUGUUUCCAAAUCACGUUCCUUGGGUAAAUCCUGUAUUACAGGAUAUCGCUUGGAACCACAUGAACCUCCUUUAACAAACCAGAGAGCAGUGUUUCAAAAAACCAACCAUCUGGCAUUUUCAUAUAUAUAUAUAUAUAUAUAUAUAUAUAUAUAUAAAACAAACCGCUCUUGCCCCAGACAGGGAGACACUUCACACCAGUCAGGGACAAGUGGAGGCUGACCCUGCAGUCACUGUUUUUGUGGUUUCAAUCACCUGAAAAUGACUUUUCAGCAGAGAACGUGAAUCAUCCUGCAUAGAUAAGAAUGAAAAACCAUCACCCCAGUAAGCACCAACACAGCAUGGCUGUGAAAUAAGCUGCUCAACUUCCCAUGCUUCAUGCGAUUGGCUGCUCAUCAUGAAUGUCACGCUUUCAUACGCACAAGGAUUAGUCACAGAGUUUUUUGGUAACUGUCUUAAAGUGGAAUCCCACUAAUUUUGAGUCCUUGCAUUGUAAACAGGGUCAUUCACAUUAACAUUCACAAUGGUUCAACAUAGAGAAACUCACAGGCUCUGAUUUCUUCACAGUGGUGCUGAAAGGAACCAAGGGUCACAAUGUCUACAACACUAAUAUAAUUUUUUUAGCAAAGUCACCAGUGAACCUACAUGUGCCUUCUGAGUUUUUACAUGUAAUGUUGAUAAUGGUAAAAUAGUCAUAAGUCUGGGGGAAAAAAAAGGUUUUCUUUGGGGACUAUUCUUCCUUACAACAUACUGCAUGCACCCCUCCACCAUUAAUCCAUUCAAAUAAAGGAAUUAAAAUACAUUUUAAGCUAAAAUAAUAAAUUCAUUUUAAAAACCAGUGGACUUCCCCUUUGAUGCACAAUAUUAUGUGAUUGUUAUGUCCAUCAUAACCUUUUUCUGUAAGGUUUGUACGUCUAAACACAAACUUCAAGCAAGACUCUUUCAAGCCAAAUCAAAAGAUAUGUGUGAGUGACUAAUAUAAAGUAAUAAUAAAAAUGCUCAAGGUU